GCUCCCGCCCCGCGGGGUGAAGCGAGUUUGGUAGCGGCGACCCUCGCUGGCUUCAGUGCCUCACCUUGUUGAUGGUGGUCGUGAGGACAGGGGUAUUGUUGACGGUUUUGGGAGUGGGAACUCGAGGACGGCUGCCGCCUUCUGAUGGAACACAGGGGUAUGAUGGCCUUUGAGGAUGACCGGAGAUGCCUGUCGGGGAGCCUGCCCCUCCCGGAGUGGGCGCAGGGCCCUGCUGCCCAGAUGCCGUGCUCGCCGAGCAAGUCCCUGUCGCCGGCCCGCAGGCACCUGAGCAGGAAGAAUGGGCUCGCCAAGCUCUGCCGGAGCAGGACGGCGCUGUCCGAGGACAGAUGGAGCUCCUACUGUCUCUCAUCGCUGGCCGCCCAGAACAUCUGCACGAGCAAGGUGCUGUGCCCUGGGCCGUCGGAGUGCUUGGACCCGGCCGGCUCGCUGGCCAGCACCUCCGGCUGCUCCCUGCCGCGGGGCCUGUCCUCUGGGCUCUCGGCGCCCGUGUGCAACCCGAGCAAGGCUGUCUUCACCGUGGACGCCACGACCACGGAGGUCCUCGUGGCCAACGACAAGGCAUGCGAGCUCCUGGGGUACAGCAGCCAAGACCUGAUCGGCCGGCGGCUCACCCAGUUCUUUGUGAAGUCCGGCUUGGACGUGACUGAGGCCCUCGGUGAGGAGGACCUGGAGGCCAGCGGGCGCGCUGCGGUGCUCUUCGGCACCGUGGUGGACGUUGUCAACCGCAAUGGGCAGAAGAUUCCGGUCUCCGUGUGGAUGAAGAAGAUGGGGCGGGAGCAGAGCCGCUGCUGUGUGGUGGUGCUGGAGCCCGUGGAGCGGGUCUCGGCCCACGUCACGCUCCGAAGCGAUGGAACCGUGACCUCCUGCAACAGUCUGUUUGCACAUCUGCAUGGUUACACAUCUAGGGAGGAGGUGGCCGGGCAGCAGAUAACGGACCUGAUUCCCUCGGUGCAGGUGCCCCCUCCCGGCGAGCACAUCCCUAAGGAUCUCAAGAUCCAGAGGUGCGUCGGAAGAGCUAAGGAUGGCACCACCUUCCCUCUGAGUUUAAAGCUCAAGCCCAGGCCCAGUCAGGAGGCGGCCGGUGGCCAGACUGUGCCCGAGCAGGGCUUCUCGGCGUCCGUCUGGGUGUUCUCGACCAUCAGUGGGCUUGUCACCCUCCUGCCCGACGGCACCAUCUACGGCAUCAACCGCAGCUUUGCCCUCAUGCUGUUCGGCUACGAAAGGAGCGAGCUGCUGGGCAAGCACAUCACUUUCCUGAUUCCUGGCUUCUACAGAUCCAUGGACCUCUUGUACGACAGCUCCUUUUCACUGCCAGACUCGGCCGGCUGCCCGGACGUCGGCCUCUGGGGCGGCCCUGGGCAUGGGACAGCGGACCCCCUGGGCUGGAACCCGGCCAGCGGGGCUGAGGGUGCCGACGACAUGCUUGCCAGGGAGAGCGUCCCACCACCAGACGAGACCCCGAGGCUCACGGGGAGCCAAGGCCAGCGCUUCAUCGGGGCUCAGACCCAGCUGGCGGCUGGAGGCCGUCCCCCUUCCCUCUCCUCUCGGGCAACUCUGGGAGUGGACAGCAUCACGGAAGGGAGCCCCCCAACCCUCAACGGAGAGUCGUUGUCCAGGAACAAGCAGAAGGUCACAGCAGGGAGCCCCCUGACCCCUAAUGGAGAGUCAGACCAGCAGAAGGUCACAGAGGGGAGUCCCCCUACCCUUGAUGGAGAGUCCUUGUCCAGGGACCAGCAGAGUGUCACAAGGAGGAGCCCCCCAGCCCUCAGCGGAGAGUCGUUGUCCAGGGGCCAGCAGGACACUGCCUUGGGGAAAGAGGAGCCUGCAGUUACAGAGGUCCCCAAGCAGGACCUUGGGGAAGGAGAAGGGUCUCAACCAGUGAACGAGACUCCAUUUUCUCCAUGUGAAGAUCCUGCCACACCCAUUGGAACCGAGGACAGGGGCAGCAGUGCCCAGAUGUGGGUGCUGUUUCAGGACACGGAGCAGGAGCUGAGGGGGUUAAGCCCCUGGGCCGAUGCCAGGCCCCAGGCCACGGGCCCGCCCGGGGUAGCAGGCUGCCUGACGCACUGCGCUUGCUUCGGGCGGGCGCCCCCCUGGUUUGGGACACCUGCUGUGGAUGCGCCAUGGCCGGGGAUGGGGAGCGACAGGCAGGAGCUGGAGACCUGCCUGAUUAAGGAGCAGCUGGCUACAGACGCGGCGAGUACCGAGGGGGGCUGCUGGGCCGAGCCUCCAGCAGAGCCACCCUCCUUCGGGGCGCCUUGGGCACCCGGCGAUCUUGGAGGCAGGGACCUGCAUGGCAGCCACGCGGGCAGCUCCUCGGCCUGCUAUGCCCUGGCCACUGACCUCCCUGGCGUGUCGGACGGGGCCAAGGUGCAGGCGGCGGACAUGAGCUCACUCUCCUGGGACCUCAAGGAGCUCUUCAUCAGCGAGCAGACAGACCGCACCUCAUCGAGCUGCUCCUUUGCGACCUCGGAGCUCGGGAGGUCACCCUCGCCUUUGGCCGCAGACUCCGACCUGGACGAGGGUGGCUUCCAGGAGCCGAGCGUCCUGCGGGACCGUGAGGGGCUGUUACUGCUGACCGGCAGCACCUCUCUAGAUCUCAGCGGAGGCGGAACGUUCUGCCAGAGGUGUCUGGAGCGCGACCAGGCAGAGCCUGCCGAGGUCCGCCUGGUGCCCUCUGAUCGCCGAGGGAGCAGAAGAGAAAGCCGGGGCUGCCCGCUGUCCACGCCAGAGGCUGGCCUGGGAGGCACACUCCCAGCAGAAGAGCAGCCCAAGCAGAGCCUCCAGCUCACCUCCACGCCCCUGAGGGGGGACGGUGCCCCGGCACCCAGGGCAGCCAGCCCGCAGCGUGAGAUCCAGGAGGGCACCUACGCCGGAAGCUGCUACCACCGAGAUGGCUCACGGCUGAGUAUGCAGUUCCAGGUGAGGCGGGUGCAGCUCCAUGGCUCCGCGACCCUGUUCUGCUGCUGGCUCAUCAAGGACCUCCUCCACGGCCACAGGGGCUCGGCCACCAGGACGCGUCUGCUCCUCACCAGCCUGCCCAGCUCUGCCCGCUCCACAUCUGAGCUCCUUGCCAGCCUGCCCUGCUCCGUCCACUCCAUGUCCGAGCUGUCUGGACACAGCCAGGGCGAGGUGCUCAGAACCAAGCCCUGGUUCGAGGAGCCCCCGGAGGCCGGCGAGCUGGAAGGCCUGGCAGCUUGCGAGGGUGCAUACUCGCACAAGUACAGCACCCUGAGGCCGCUGGGCAGCGGGGCCUUUGGCUUCGUGUGGACGGCGGUGGACAAGCAGGAGAACAAGGAGGUUGUGGUGAAGUUUAUUAAGAAGGAGAAGGUUUUGGAGGAUUGUUGGAUUGAGGAUCCCGAACUUGGAAAAGUUACUUUAGAGAUUGCAAUUCUGUCCAGGAUGGAGCACGCCAACAUCAUCAAGGUAGUGGAUGUAUUUGAAAACCAAGCAUUCUUCCAGCUGGUGAUGGAAAAGCAUGGCUCCGGCCUGGACCUCUUUGCCUUCAUCGACUGCCACCCCAGCCUGGACGAGCCCCUGGCGAGCUACAUCUUCCGACAGCUGGUGUCGGCCGUGGGAUACCUGCGCUCGAAAAAUAUCAUUCAUCGUGACAUCAAGGAUGAGAACAUUGUCAUUGCUGAGGACUUCACCAUUAAGCUGAUAGACUUUGGCUCAGCCGCCUACUUGGAAAGCGGGAAAUUAUUUUAUACCUUCUGUGGGACAAUUGAGUACUGUGCCCCCGAGGUCCUCAUGGGAAACCCGUACCAGGGGCCAGAGCUGGAGAUGUGGUCACUGGGGGUCACGCUGUACACACUGAUCUUCAAGGAGAACCCCUUCUGCGAGCUGGAGGAGACCAUGGAGGCCGUGAUCAACCCUCCGCACCUGGUCUCGGAAGAACUCAUGAGCCUCGUGUCAGGGCUUCUGCAUCCCGUCCCUGAGCAGCGGACCACCCUGGAGAAGCUGGUGGCAGACCCCUGGGUGACGCAGCCCGUGGACCUCGCUGACUACACCUGGGACAAGGUGUGUCACGUGAACACGCCAGCCCGGUCUGCAGUCCGGACUCGGGGUGGUCAGCCCCCAACUCGGUCUCUUCUUCCUGAGGAAGGCGGCACCCUGCCCCCCGCGAGGCUGGAUUCAGAGAGGAGGAGCCCGAGGGAGCCGCGCGCGGGGGGCCCCUGCCUCGAGGGGGUCUCCUAGGGCCGCCUGCCCACCAUGACCUGCGCCAUCAGCUGCGCCGGGUGCCCCCGCCCUCCCCUCCAUCUGCAGAGUCAGGCCGCCCUCGGGCCCCUCCGCCGCAGAAAACGCUCCUCAAGACCCGGGCCCAACCCCCCGUUUACUCUGGGGCUCGUAAGACAGACUUGGAAUUCGCUUUGCUCUGGUGUGAGCUUGAAAACUACUUCUGGUGCUGAGUUCUAUAUAAUUAAAGGGCUAUCAGCGUGUGAGCAGAAAGGGUAAGCGUUUUCUAGCUCUCGCUCUGCUUUUGUACACGUGCAUGUUUUGUUUCCUCUGACUUGGAAACACAUCUGAGUGAUGGAUGUGUGGAAGUUGUAGAACCAUUUAGCCAAGUGGCCAGGCUACUUCAUUAAUUUAUUUUCUAGAACAUUUUCCAAAUUAAAGCAGCUUUGUUAGUAAACAGUUACUCUGCCUUGGACUUUGUGACUUGUUCCACACUGCCGGUGUGAGAGGCACUGUGUUCCUUUAUCUUUCCCAAAUUCAGUCAAAUCCACCUCUA